GUUCCAAUGCAAGUCUAAUCCUGUCUUAUACGCAACUCCUUUCACUUCAGGCUGCUCACUGGUUAAUGCUCGAACACAGAGGCGCACAGCUACCUGCUGAAAACCACCGGGGUUCAUCUGAAAACAAAGAGCCUUCUGGACAUUUGGAUUCCCGCCUGAAGUGAAGAACACAGCUUUCCAACACAGAUCUGACUAAACGUCAACCCCAUUUUGGAUUAGUUAUCAUGGUGGCAUCAUGAACUCCCAAAGGACUAGCUUGUGACAAGUGAAUUCACAUGCUGGAUUUCUUUUUACUGAAGCAAUGGAAGCAUCGCCUGUUGUUUUAGUUACUGCUUGUCCAACCCUAAUCCCACACACCCCUGCUAAGAAAUACAUGAGCACAAUGUUCAAGGAGUAUCAAAGCAACAGCAUCAUCCUAAACCACUACAACUUCACAGGAAAGCUGAAUGAGAGCAGGUACACACAAGGCAUGAAACCUGUGGAUAUUGUGUUCCUUAAUAUCUGUCUGCUGAUUGUGCUGGAGAAUGCAGUGGUUCUUGUAGCUAUCUGGAAGAAUAAAAAGUUCCACCUGCCCAUGUACUACCUUUUGGGCAACCUGACGUUCUCUGAUUUGUUGGCAGGAUUUACUUACAUGGUGAAUAUCGUAACAUCAGGGGCCAACACACUAAAACUAACACCUCUCCAAUGGUUCAUCAGAGAAGGUUGUGUUUUCAUCAUGUUAGCUGCCUCCAUUAUCAGUCUCCUGGCCAUAGCAAUUGAACGGCAUGUCACUAUGGUGCGGAUGAAGCCAUACCAGGGGGCCAAGCGUGGGCGCAUGUUUGCACUGAUCGGCAUAAGUUGGGUGCUCUCGAUAUUUCUUGGUCUGCUACCCAUUACUGGCUGGAACUGCAUAGGCAUGAUGGAGCAGUGCUCGACCGUCCUGCCACUGUACUCCAGGAGCUUUCUUCUCUUCUGCAUUACAGUAUUCUCUGCUGUGUUACUGGCGAUUGUGGUCCUUUAUGUCCGCAUAUUCCGUGUCGUAAAGUCCAACACACAGAGACUGACUGGCGCUCCACAGCGUAAAGGUUUUGCGAAGAAAUCCCAGAAAUACAUGGCGCUGUUGAAGACGGUCACUAUAGUGCUGGGUGUUUUUAUCGCCUGCUGGCUACCACUUUUUCUACUCCUUUUGUUGGACUUUUUUAGCCCAGCUCGAAGCUACAAGGUACUUUAUAAGGCAGAGUACUUUCUCGGACUUGCUAUGAUUAACUCAUUACUCAAUCCUAUAAUAUACACAUUAACCAGUAAGGACAUGCGUAAGGCAAUACUGAGACUGCUCUGCAGCUACUGCUUGAUUACAAAAGAUGGACAGAUGAGGAAGUUUGGAAUAACGUUCCUGGAAUGCAGCACAAGUAAAUCAGAAAUGCCAUCCCACAGGCUUGAGGGCCUGGAGACAACCGUAUCUACAGGGAAUUUUACACCGUCUACGAUCAAGGCAAUUUUCCCCAAAAUAUCAAAGAGUGUUGUUUUGGGACAAUAAUUUUCGGUUGAGUGUUUUGUGGCCUGGGAUAAUGAAGGAGGAUGAACCAGUGGGUCAGAAUGUACCAAAAAUGACUUUCUUAUUACAGAACUGAUUACAUACCUGCAAUAAUUUUAUAUCAAUGAAAGCAUCAAAGACAGAAAAUGCAUUAGCAUUAUUACUGGCCUACCCAACAUUUGAGAACUUUUUACUGUUUACCAGUUUACUGUGAGAUGAUCAAGCUGAAAUUAAGGAUUGGGGGGAAAACCUGUGUUCUCUUUAAGUCUAAGAUGUUGUGAAGCAAUAUGCACUUAACAGGAAACAAAAUGCAAGUAUGACAUGGUGGUAGACAUUGCAGUAAAUACAAUUAUGGGGUUGUCUAUCAGCAUCUAUGGUUUUACAUGAGAUGUGUCCGUGUGCUUCUAGCAAAGCACCCAUGACAUCCAAAAGUGAAGAUAUUACACUUCUGGAAUUAUUCUAGGCUUUUACGGUCUGCAGCUUUCACAAGAUCUGCUACAUGCAAAUAAACCUAAUGUUUAUAUUUGGACAGCAUGUAAGAUGGGCUUGAUGUCUGUUGCUAAUAUCCUCAUCACCUGUCAGUUUAUUGGGAGUGCACUUGUGGGAAUUAAUGGCAUUUUCAUUAUCAUACCAGCAAAUGUGUUCAAUCCCCCUAGUUACUAGAGCAACCCAGGAUCUUAUACAAUUAAACACAUUUGUAGCAGAUUCAAUUAAAACAUAAGACUGUCUGGGAUAAUGAUAUGUUUUGUAGCUGAUUAAAAACAGAUUAUUCCAGUAUUAAUGUUGCCUUAUGUGCACGUGUAUAAAAAAAUAUUUAUAUCUUUGUCAUGUGAAAUUUUUUUUUUUUUUUAAAUGCCGUGAACUUUUGCUAAAUUAUGAUACUCAAAUGUAUAUAUGUACCUUUAUAAUAAAAAUAA